AUGGAAUCAAGCAAAAGAAACAUUUACUCUUUCAAGUUUAAAGACCUCGAUCUAAGGAGCUUACGUAACUUGGUUUCUCAGAUGCACCCGGUGUACAAAAUCAACUUUGGGAAAAAUUAUGGCAAUCUGCUCAGCAUCCUCAACCAACAAGUGGACCAUACAGCUUUAGUCACUCUGGCUCAAUUCUAUGACCUACCUUUAAGAUGUUUCACAUUCCAAGACUUCCAGCUAGCAUCAGCGUUGGAAGAAUUCGAGCGUCUUUUUAGGAUUCCUAUGAAGAACAAGCCACUAUUUGAAGGGAUAGAAGAAUCUUUGCCCCUUGAGAUCAUUGCUAGCACGCUUCACAUGGACGAAGGGGAAGUAGAGGCUAACCUAGAGACCAAAGGGAAUACCAAAGGAUUUUCGCUAAGCUUUCUUUUGGAAAGAGCUCAUACCCUUUUAAAAGCAGAAAGUUGGGACGCUUGUUACUCCGCUAUUACGUUGGCUAUCUAUGGCAUCACCCUGUUCCCAAAUAUGGAUGUUUUCAUAGACAUGGCUGCUAUUUGCGUCUUACUCACAGGAAACCCAGUACCCACUCUGUUAGAAUAUUUUUACUAUUACACGAGCCAUAGGUACACCAAGAAGAAAGGAAUGAUUGCUUGUUGCGCUCCUUUACUAUAUCAGUGGUUUCUUGAGCAUCUUCCGAAGACAGGUGUUUGGGUAGAACAAACAGAUGUUAGUUGGUCUCAGAGAUUGGGAUCACUACAAUUCUAA